ACUUAGAAUUGUCAGAAAGGGGAGUAGUGGAGGAGGGAGGCAGCCUAUGGCCAAUUGGCCAUGCUUUAGCGCUGUAAGGAGUGUAUACCCAUAGCUGGUGGCUUGGGGGAGCAGUCAGACCCAUUUGCUUUUCAGUGAGAGCACAGAUCCGGGUGUCCACUCCCCAGGUAGCUUUAUUUCUGGGCUAGGAGACCGAGGCUGAGUCAAUGCAUCCCCCUGCGGUGCAUGCAAGCAGGUGAGGAGAUGGUGGUUGGGCUAAGCGAGCUAGCUGCGGUAGGGUCACCAUCGUACUCGCAGGCAUUCUGCUGGAAGACCCAGGUGGCCAGUGAGGUGGGUUUCUCUCAGGAAGAGGCGCGGCUGCGUCGGACACCCCAGGGAACUCGCUGCUCCGCAACUUUGCCAGGUGCUCAGAAACAGCCCUUCGCUUUAUCCAGGGCAGUCACCCAGAGGGCCAGGGGGCAGCGAGUGAUAGAAGACGCCGGGCUGGGUGGGCGAGACCCAAUUGCAAGGGUACUGUUAGCACCGAAAGGGAACAUAACACCUGGAAGGGAAGGGUACCGCAGCCUAGCACUCGGGUCUCCGAGUUCGCAUAGGACAGGUCCUGAUGGCACCUGCUGCGCCCUAGUCACCUCCUUAUUCCUAACCUCUGUCAACACUACUCCCGAACCCAGCAGGCGCUCCUUUCCAAGGAACUAGAGGAGGUAGGCUAAAAGGGUGGCAGAAAGGGGUGGGGACAGUAGAGAGACAGUCCCAGCCUUCCCCGCCCUCCACCCCCACCACAACUCAGCAGCCGUCACGUGGUACCCGGAGUGGGAGGGGUGGGGGCAGAAGAGGCGAGACUUUUUUGGGUGCUCCGGAUCGCCAGUAGUUCUUCAAGCCUCAGCAGCCAACUCCUCCGGAGGCGCUGCGCUCCGCCCCAGGGAGCGCGAAUCCAAGGAGCCUGGGACCAGCCUCUGGGAGCCCCCGGCGCGGGCGAUGCGGGCGCCGCGGGCGACACCUGCGGCUCCUCUCGGUGGCAGCCGUCGCUUGGGCGGCAGCAGCGCGAGCCUCGGCAGCCUCGGCAGCUACUGUCGCCGCGGCCAGAACAGCCUCCGCUGCGGUCGUGGUCUCUGAUGCUCUUGCCCGCUCCCGGCCCUGCCGAUCCGGGAGGAUGUGGGUUCUCGGCAUCGCAGCAACUUUUUGCGGAUUGUUCUGGCUUCCAGGUAAGAAGAUGAAGAGGCCAGCUGCCUGGCCAGACACGCUCCUGCUAUCUCGCCAAGCGUCCCUGCUCUCAGCCCCAGUGCGCCCAGCUGUGGUCCGCGCUGCGCUGGGGCUACCCAGCGGGAGUUUGGUGCUGGAAACUGAGACCAAAGGCGCUAGACUGGGACGCUCUCCAAGUCCCGCGCUGCAGGAGAGCCGAGAGCGGCAGAUUGGCGCGACUCUUGGCUGCAGCUGCGUGGGGUACACAGUCGGGGAUACAGAGCUGGGAUUGGGGAGGGUCCUUGAGUUGGGCGAGACAGGAAAAGGAGCGACAAGCCUCCAACCUAGUCAAGUUACCCAGUGUUUGUGGCCACCCAAGGGAGCGGCGACGCUGACAGGGCUGGCGCUGCAAAUUCAGUGCUACCAGUGUGAAGAAUUCCAGCUGAACAACGAUUGCUCAUCCCCUGAGUUCAUCGUAAAUUGCACCGUGAACGUUCAAGACAUGUGUCAGAAAGAAGUGAUGGAGCAAAGUGCUGGGAUCAUGUACCGGAAGUCGUGUGCAUCGUCAGCAGCCUGUCUCAUUGCUUCAGCUGGGUACCAGUCCUUCUGUUCCCCUGGGAAACUGAACUCCGUGUGCAUCAGCUGCUGCAACACCCCUCUUUGCAAUGGGCCGAGGCCCAAGAAGAGAGGCAGCUCUGCCUCGGCCAUCAGGCCAGGGCUUCUCACCACUCUCCUGUUCUUCCACUUAGCCCUCUGCUUGGCACACUGCUGAAGCUAAAGGAGAUGCCAACCCCUGCUGCCUCACCUGUCUGGCCCUUCGUCUCUCACCUUCCCGAGUCUCUUCUGGGUGUCCUUUUAUUCUGGGUAGACAAGGGAGUCUUUUUGUUCCCUCCUUUCAAGUAACGCAAGAUUGCCGUGCACAAAUACUUUUGUAAGCUCUGAACCAAUUCAUUCUGAAUUUCUGUGUGUAGUUGAAGAAAAAAGCAUGGAGCAGAAAGUCCAGACCCUCCCAUCCCAAUCUGGUUAACCACCGCCAAGGCUAGCCUGGAAGAACCAGCCCUUAGAAGUCAUUGAGAUACGCAUCUGCCUUUCCCAAAGCCUUGAGCUUCCAUUCUGUCCCAGUAGGAGUCACAGUCUAUUCAGAGACUGCUGCUGCGUGAAGGUAACUUUGCUUUUGCGGGAGGGGAGAGCCAGUUUCGGCUCAAGGCUUCUGAACUUGCCAUUCAUACUUCCUGCUCCUGUAAACUAUUUUCUGGGGUGGACCCAGCUGGUUUGGUCUCUGAGCCAGUCUGUGGUGACUCAGGACUCAAGGGCUGGGGCUUAGCCUCUCCAGGCUUGGCCUCAGUCUGAAAAGUGCUUAAGAAAACCUUGUUAGUUCUCCUGGAGGAAGAGUUACUGCGCCGGGAGGCUAGGAAGAUGAGGGGGCUGCGGGCUGAGCUGGUGCUGUCCUUGGUGGAGAUGAAGCGGGCACGCUGGCGUUUCUCUUGGUUGGCAUGCUGCAGAGUCAGGCGGCAGCAGAGCACCUGCCAGAACACCUUCCGGAACUGCUGAGAGGACACGUUGUAGAGGAGAGGGUUGACCACAGAGCUGAGGUAGAAGAAGGUAUCAGAGAAGGGCAGGAGGAUCAUGUAUGCCCUGAAGUACGUUCUGGUCCAGUCAUGUUUGGGUUUUGCUGCAGCCAUGAUCCGUCGGAUCUGAUUGGGCAUCCAACACACGGCCAACGUCACCACAAUCAGUCCUGGCAGGCAAGAACAGGAGAGAAAAGGAGACGGGGAGAGAAACAGCAUGAGAACAAAAAUAAAUAAAUAAAAACCCAUAAAAUAUUAAGCCCCUUGGUUCUGUUGCUUACUGGCCGAGAAACGGUACCAAUCUUUCAGCUCUGUGCUUGUCGGCUUCUUUUUGCCACUGGCAAAGGAGAAUUUAAUGCUGCUUCAAGCUCAGGGGACUUGGCUAUGUUAAAAAGCGUUAAAUGCUUUCGACAGUGUAUUUAUACUUACGGCUGCCUGUUAAUUUUCAAAAUGUUUUCAUUGUUGCUCGUGUAUCCAGAAAAUAUCUCACGUUGGCCAUAACCCUGGUUUUGUCUUUUUGUUUCUAGAUGAGCCCAUAAGGUAUAGCCAUAGUAGAGGGAAACGGUAGCUGUUUUUAUAAACGACUACUGAACUAUGUGAGAAGACACAGUGAUAUUGUGAAGUCAAAUGGAAGUUGUUUCAUUUUGCCUAAACAAAUACAUUUUGUGAUGCUGAUUUUGCAUCCAGUUUCAGGAGAAGUAAAAUCAGGGACAGGUAGUCAUGGAGAAGAGGUACUACUAAGCCCUGCCCCUGUGCGUGAGGCACUGAGUAUCCAGACAUCCAUAUGAAUGCCCAUUACAUUCUGGCUUACAUAAACACGGCUACUUCUAAAGUAUGACAAAUGAAAUCACAGUACAGUGUGUGUGUGUGUGUGUGUGUGUGUGUGUGUGUGUGUGUGUGUGUAGAAAGUAGACGAUAUAUAAAUGUAUGUCCCAAAAGGUAUACAACCUCCAUCUAUAUCAGCAUCUCUGCUUCUUUUCAAACACUUUUGGAAGCCCCUUCCACCUUAACUUAGGAAAACAAAUUGUCCCCAAACACCAAAAUCUCAAAAACUCAUGCCAUGUACAGACAGGGGCACACCCUCCGCUUUUGUAGCACUGAGCUGCAGUGUGACUGGCCAGGAAUGAUGAGGCCCCACAGAAGCAGUGCUGCUCAGCCCCCACUGAGAAUGGGGCAUUAGCUGACUGGACACUCAUUUGCAUACCCGGAGCUUACAUUCUGGCUCCCACUAUCACAUCGAAUCUAUAGUCUGACAAGCACCUAAAAUUCACAAGACUCUGACUCUUUAUUGAUAAAGCAAAGAAACAGGCCUGGGGAACCUUUAGGAUGUUACUUACUCCUUUUUAUGAGAAGCUGAGCAUCAUAGCAAAUGUUCCCAUGAGAGGGCUGAUGUUAUUUAAAGCAAGAAUUUGGUAGCACUGAAGAGAUAGCUCAGCAGUUAAGAUGUAAGUUCUGUUCCCAGCACACAUCAGGUGGCUCACAAUGGCCUGUCACUCCAGAUGCUGGGGUGGGGGAUCUCUCAGCACCUGCACUUACAUGCAUAUCCCUCCCCAUACAUACAUAAUAAGCAUAUAUAUAUAUGUAUGUGUAUAUAUAUAUAUGUAUGUAUAUAUGUAUGUAUAUAUGUAUGUAUAUAUAUUUGCAUUUUACAAGUACCUCUUCCCACUCUGAGCCCAAUUUGCUAGGAAACUACUGGGAAAUAAGAACAGGGUCCCUGCUUCCUGCUUAGGGUGUGUGGUAAAUAGCUGAGUAAUUAAGGACCCAGGGCAAGCAGACAUGUCUAUGAGCCCAAGGUUAGCCCAAGUAUCCCUUGACAGUACAUAACUCAGCUGCUCCCAAAGACAGACCCUCUGAACAUAACCCAUCUGUCAGAGGGAGGGCCUAGGAAACUCUAGUCCUCUGAACUUCCAAGGAUUCUUUCUGUCAAACCUCAGCCAGGGCUUUGAAAUACACACCAAUCUGCUUAUUUCUUCCCUUUGAAUUUGCUUCCCUGAGAACAGUCAGUAAAUCUAAGAAUAAAAUAGGCAAAGUAAGAUAUUGAUCUGAUAAAAAAAAAAGGCUAAAUAAAUAAAUAAAACUACUAUCUCAAGUCAGGAGCAGAUUCCAAAUCACCUUGUUACUACUGCUGGAUUAAAAAGUAACAACAACAACAACAAAAGCACUCACUGUUCUGAUUUUUUAAAAAAAUCGCCUGCCCAGGAAACUGGUACUGAGGGGCUUCCAGCUCCCCACCCCGAUUUUUUCUGAAGUUUCUACAGCUCUGAGCGACCAGUUCAGUGUUGAUUGUGAAGGGAACAGAUGCCUGCGUGCAUGGGGAAGCUGUGUGUUUUCACAAAGCUUCCCAGGCUGCUUUUGUUCCUCCGUCACUGAAUUCUGCAGAACAAGUUCAACCAUUAUCCAAGGAUGUGUUUGUUAGGGUAUGGGGAUGGAGCACACAGCUUUCUGUGUGUGCCAUGCGACAGACACUGUGGGACGUUGCUCUUUGAGAAUCUAGAAAGCCGACUAGACGCUCCCUGUACCUCCCACGGGCUGAACAAGACAUAGCUUUGAAAGCCCACCAGCAAAGGUAGUGAGAGAAGGCAGGUUGGGAAGGAGGAGGGUGGAGGAGGAAAGAUUUUGGGGGAGGAGGGGAGGAACAUUAGGGUGGAGGAGAGAGAUUUGGGGAGGGAUGCUGAGGAGAAGUAGCAUCAUGGAUCUCCUUUCGCAUUGCACUGUCUCAUCUCCUGCUUAUACAGACUUCCCUUAGCUUCCUGCAUGGCCUUGCUCAGCCUCAAUCACCCUGAACUGGUCACUCCAUUGAAAGGAGACUUUAGUUUCAAAGAAAAAGGAAUGGAAUAAAAGAAAGAAGAAGAGAAAAAGGAAGGGAAGAAACCCAGGGUCUGAGUGGAAGAAAGGGAUGGGGAAGACUGAACUGGAGCUUGCUCUGUAGUUUCAGCCAGGGUAAAAUCCUGACUGUAAGAUUGAGAUUGAAUAACAAAUGGGAGACCAUUUGAAUGAGUGGCAGCAAAUAGGGAACAAAAUGAGAACUCCGCAAUAAUAAGCAGAUCACAAAGCUCUCUAACUAUAGAAAGAGACAGGUCAGGGGGCUGGAGAGAUGGCUCAGCGGUUAAGAGCAUUGACUGCUCUUCCGGAGGUCCUGAGUUCAAAUCCCAGCAACCACAUGGUGGCUCACAACCAUCUGUAACAAGACCUGAUUCCCUCUUCUGGUAUCUGAAGAGACAGGUUGGAUGUGGAGGACAGACUUGGAAGAGAGACAGAGUCUGAAUAGAAAUGGACAGUUGUGACUAUGCCACACAAGCAGGUUCUAGAGACAGAACCAGGGACAAGAAGUGGGAAGGGAACUAGCUUCUUUUGCUCCAGGUUCUGUGCUGAGCCCUCACUUCCCAUGUGGGUCUCUCUUCUUCUGACAACCCAGAGAGGUCAAAACAAUCAGUCUCUUCACGGAACAAAGGAGAAAGCUGCCUAUCUCCCAAACAUGUGAUACAGGCUCCGUUUUCCUCUCAAGGUACAAUGCUAUCUAUUGGUCCCAUUUUCAGAUUGAUAAAGAAACAGACAAGAUGGCUACAGAGAUGGCUCAGUUUUCACAGUGCCUGCUUCUCAAGAGUUCAGAUCUCUGGUACCCAUAUGAGCACUGGGUGGAUAUGAUGAACCUAACAGUAAUACCAGUCUUGGAGUGUGGAUACUAAAGAUUUCUGGAGCAACAAGGUUAGUAAGACUGGACAGAUUGGUGGGCUCCGAAAUUGACUGAGAGCCCCUAUCUCAGUGAAUAUGGAGGAGGAGUUAACAAGGAUGAUACUCAACAUGAACUUUUGGGCCUCCACAUGUGAACUCAUAUGCCCACAUACAGGUACCGACAUGGGUAUGCAGACAUACAUGCAUAUAUGACACAUAGAGAGGGACGUGAAAAUUGAAAAAAAAAAGUUUGACAGGCAAGAAAAUAGUAAUUUAUCACAACCCAUGCAUAAUGUGACUCUAUCCACUGAAAGAACAGAAGCCGUGUAUUUAAUUUAAAAAUUUCAGUCAAGUUAAAAAUGAAAAAAAAAAACACUCAGUGAUAACAAUUUUUAUAAUGCUACCUAAGUUUGUACACAUACUGCUGGAUUUCUUAGGAAAGCGAAAUACAGAGUCAUCAUAAAAAUUAUUGGUGAGCUAAUUUUUCUUCUCCUACCCCCAUACUAAAUCUUCAACUGUCCCUUUCCCAAACAUAUGCACCAACUACCCCAAGGAACUGCCCAAGUCGCCUGUGUUUGCAAAACUCUCAAGCACUCAUGAACAAGGAUUGGAUUUCAAUGGUUUCGACUGUUUUGCUAGCCUCUCCCUAGAAACCCUCUGUAAAAGUGAUGGUUAAAAUAGUAAGUCUACGUUAUUCUGAAAGUACAAAACUGUCUUUUGCCUGUCUCAUCAUAAAUUGUGUCUGUCUGCAUCGCACAAAUCACACCAACUGCCUGGCAGAGCUGUUGACAUAGCCCUCCCCCCCCCCCCACCUUAAAUGGAGGUGAGAAAAUGGCUGCCAUUAGGUCUGUGUUUCAAAAGAUAAUCUUAGGAAAUCUAGGAAAAUGGAAUGCUGGGCCUACAGGCGCCACCAAUGGCAGUCUGAGGCAUGUGCCCACGGGCAUUGUGAGAAUAGAGGUAGCCUUUCUAGAACAGGAAGCCAACCAGACCCUUUGUGCAAAAUUUAUCAUUUUACAAUGACAGGCAAUUGCUUGUUGUUAUAUUUGAAAAAAAAAUUGUCCUUUUCUACGAUACACUGUUGAGGAUAAAUACCAUACUAUGUCCAGAGUUAACUCUCUAUUCUGGCUGUUUGAAAUUGUUUCAGCUCCACUCUCAGCAACCCUUUAGCUAACACAAUGCUUUAAAGUCUUAUUCAUGGCUUAAUGGAGUGCAUUAAAGAUUUGACUAAAUUUA